CUCGUGCGCACCUUCAGUUUCUUCAUUGCAGCAACCAGCUUCUGCUUAGAUUUAUUUUGCUUUACUUCCAAAUUAAAAUUGCAAUCAAAACACCACUGCCUAUAGCCUUCAGAUUUCCUGGUUUUCGUUUGCCCCUUGCUCUCAUUGUGUCAUUUUUUUCCAAUUCGUUUCGCUUUUCCUUUGCCAUUGUUCCCAAAAGAACCUUAUUCAUUGUAUAUAUUAAAAAAAGAAAAAAAAGAAGAAGCAGAAUUUCUGGUUUUCGUUUCACACCCUUGAUUUCGUUUUGUUAUUAUCACCUCUGUUUUGCUUUUACUUCCAAAGGAAAAAAAGAAAAAAGAAAAAAAAAGUAGUAGCAGUUCAGCAUUUUGAAGGGAACUGAUAUCAUUCGUAACCAAAAGAGAGAAAGUUGUUUCCAGAAGAAGCUUACUGAAAAAGCGAAAAAGAAGUGUUGCAUACUGAUACUCUGUGUUCUUCUAUUUAAGCUUAGUCUCACAAGCUAAGAUACAAGGGUCUCAUUCCAAAGGCAAAACAAAAAGAACCAUGGAGAUCCUCACUGGAACUAUUCUUAAAAUAAUCGAGUAUACAGUUGAACCAAUUGGGCGACAAGUGGGUUAUCUAAUUAACUACAAAAGCAACCUUGAAAGUCUGACGAGCCAAUUGAAGAACUUAGAUGGUGCCAAAGACAGGAUGAAGCAUAGGGUUGAUGAAGUUGAAAGAAAUGGUAAAGGAGUAGAAACUGAUGUCCAGAACUGGAGAAAAGAAGCAGAUGGGAUCACUCAAGAGGCAGAAAAGAUUUUGGGAAAUGAAGGCCAAGCAAAGACAAAGUGUUUCCGUGGAGUAUGUCCUAAUCUGGUUUCAUAUCAUCAACUUAGCAGGAAAUCAACAAAAUUGGCAAAAAAGAUUGAAAAACAUGCAAAAAAAGAGAUUCCCAGUGUUUUUUACAAUGCUCGCCUAGAAGAGAUAUUUGACACACCCUCCGAAGACUACAUGGCCUUCGAAUCAAGGAUUUCAAUGGUGAACAAAAUCAUGGCGGAAUUGAGAAAUCCUGUUACAACCUUGGUUGGCGUGUACGGAAUUGGUGGGGUGGGGAAGUCCACACUCGUCCAGGAAGUUUAUAGACAAGCUAAAACAGAGAAAUUAUUUGAUGAUGUGGUUUUAGUUUUGGAUGUUAAGCAGUUUCCAGAAGCUGAAAAAAGGGAAAGAAUUCAGAAGAAAAUUGCUGAAAAGUUAGAUAUGGAUGUUCAGGAAAGUCAGGAUAUGGAAGCAAGGGCAAAACAUCUCUGGAAUAGGAUAAAAGACAAGAAGAGUCUUGUAAUUUUAGAUGAUGUCUGGGAAGCAAUUAAUUUGGAGGAUUUGGGACUUCGCCCAAUGGCGAGUUGUAAAAUAUUGUUGACGUCUAGAGAUCUAGUCUCUGAGAUGCGUACACAAAAAGUGUUUCGGCUUGAUGUUUUAGGCGAGAAAGAAAGUUGGAGUUUAUUUGAGAAGAUGGCAGGUGAUGUUGUUAUAGAUGACCCUAUUAAAAAAGUAGCAACUCAAAUAUCCAAAAAAUGUGGAGGUUUGCCGGUUUUAGUUGUUACAGUUGCAAGCGCUCUAAGAUCAUGUACUACUUUAGAGGUAUGGAACGAUGCCUUGAGGCGCUUUAAAAGUUUUGACCAAAAGGGAUUGACAGAAAAAGCAUACUUGGCUAUAGAAUGGAGUUACAAUCGAUUGGACAGGGAGGAGCUUCAACCAUUAUUCUUGCUCUGUGGAGUUAUUGCAGGGGGCAGUUGUUCAAUUAGUCUCACUGACUUGUUGAAAUAUGUCAUGGGUUUGAGUUUGGUUAAAAAUGUUGACACGGUGGAAGAUGCACGGAAUGCGUUGCAUUCAUUGGCUAACAAACUUAAAGAUUCUUGUUUGUUGCUAGACAAUUAUGAUGAUGGAAGAGUUAGAAUGCAUGAGCUUGUACGAGAUGUUGCUAUCUGGAUUGCAUCUAAAGAUAAACACGCAUUUUCAAGAGCAUAUGGAGAUGAGGUGAAAGCAUGGCCCAAUAGAGAUUUCCUUAAAAAAUGUUCUGCUAUCUCCUUGAUGUACUGCAAGAUCCCUAGACUUCCUGAAGUACCUUGGGUAUGCCCAGAAUUGAGAUUUUUUGUCUUGGAAAAUAAUAAUAUUGAUGACUCCUUGGAAAUCCCAAGCAACUAUUUUGAAGGGAUGAAGGAACUCAAAGUGUUGGAUGUAACCAGACUGCGUAUUCCGUCACUGCCUCCAUCUCUUCAAUCCCUAACAAAUCUUCAAACUUUGUGUUUAGAUCUGUGCAUGUUGGGGGACAUAGCUCUAGUUGGACAGCUAACAAACUUGAAAAUUCUCAGCCUUAUAUACUCCCAGGUUAAGGAGUUGCCCAAAGUAAUAGGGCAAUUGACUUGUCUACAAUUGUUGGAUUUGAGUUUUUGCUCUGAACUUGUAUUGAUCUCACCUGGCGUUAUAUCAAGCUUGACAAGUCUAGAAGACUUGAGAAUGGGUAGCUUUAUUAAAUGGGAAGGAGGUUUAAAUGAUGGAAGAAGUAAUGCGAGCGUGUCAGAGCUGAAACAAUUGCGUCAACUAACUGCAUUAAAUAUACAUAUUCCAGAUGCUAAGCUUCUUCGGGCAAACAUGUUCUCGGAUACAAGAUUAGAAAGAUACACCAUACUUAUUGGUGAUUGUUGGCUAUUUCCUGAUAUUGACAAAACAUCCUCUAACAUGUUAAAACUCAAGCUCACUACGAACAGUCAAUUUGAUCAAGGUAAAAAAUUGCUGCUAAAGAGAUGUGAAGAUUUGGAGUUGGAUGGGAUGGAGGCUGCAAAUAUUAUUUCCUAUAUAUCAGCAAGUGACAGUGGUAAACAACUGAAGAAUCUCCAUGUCCAAAACAAUGAUGAGGCUACAGCUGUCAUUAACUCGAGUCAUGCCUUCCCCAUCUUGGAGUCACUAUCUCUUUACAACCUUGUUAAUUUGGAAACUGUAUAUUAUCAAUCCCGGAUACUGUUGCGUAGAUACAGCUGCACCAAAAUGGAUUCAGCUGCAUCCUCAACUUGUGAUACUCGCAAGUGC